AUGCCGACCGAGACAUCGACCACUGUUCAAGACGGCCUGGAUGAACAAAAUGCUUCCCCGCCUCUAAGGCAGAUGAGGAAGGGCACCAAGUCAUGUCAAGAAUGUCGCCGUCGAAAGAUAAAAUGCAACUACCCGCCCACCCCACCUUCUUCUCCCUCCCAAGUUACGGACCUGGCGAGUGUCCCAGAGGAGAGAAAAUGCAUCCAAUGCAAGCGACACAACCGCUCCUGCCAGAUCCAAGGCUACGUCGCCUGGAACACAUCUCCUGAAAACCCCACGGAGGAUUCAGCCUCCACGAAGUCGAACCACCGUCAGCCGAGGAUCUACAAAAGGCGUCGCGAGGUGGUUUCGUUGACCAAUCAUUCCGACGAUGAGGAAUACCCGCGCGUGAAGAUCCACGUGGAUAGGAUGGAGUCAGUCGUUGCACGACUUGCACGAGAGCGAGAGAAGGAGAAGCAGGACGGGAUAUUUGCCAAUACUUUCAGUAACCCUCAGAGCAACAACUUUCCUCUCCCGAGUAGCUCUGCACACAGAGGGGACGAAUUUAGUCCGAGUUUCGGCCUCGAUGCAGAACUUGGUCUCACCAAUGGAAACCCGUUUGCUAAUGCCCUGAACUUCGACCUGGCUUUCGAAAGUGGAGACACGCACGGCCACUUCACCCUUAACGGGCAGGCAGACGGCUCGACGCGAAUCAAGUCACAGGUUUUGGGAGGCCAGGAAGUGGAAAAUGGAAUACCAGCUUCGUCCAUGUUCAGUUCUCACCCAUUUCUCCCGGCUCAACAUCAACCUCAGCAAUCGACAAGCAUAAACGGGACAGGCGACGUCCGCGCCGUUCUCGCCAUGACUUCAGAGGAGCAUUGCAAAACACUCAGUCCCUUGCUCUCACAAUUGUUCAACAAUGAGAUGUUUACGCAGAGCACAGCGUGUGUUUCUUCAAUCCUGGCUGAAAAGGUUGAAUUCAUGAGCUUUUCCGAUAUCGCCAACAAUACUGGUUCCACGGAAUCCGAGAAAUUACUCUCGACAAUCUCCUCGGAACCAUAUGUGUUCGACGUGCUGGAUAUUUCCCUCAAGUGGUGGAUUGCUUGGAGAGACCAGGCGUCCGCGCUGCAGGAUCUCUCUCCCUACUUGGAGGAUGAAGAAGGAAGUUCGAUACUUGGAUCUGGAGCAUCUAGCACAAAAGCCGGAGCUAAUGCCACUUUAUUUUCUUCAAUCACACCAGUUCCAUCCACGAGGUCUCGCACGACGAGCCAUUCCGACGAGCCUCUAUCCUUCCGAGAAUUUGUGCUCGCCAAAUUGUCUCGCUCACAAGAGCCGGUUUCGUUGGCCACAGGCCUCCUCUGCAUUGCACUGUCCCUCUACCAACUGCGCCCUGGAGUUGACGACUACAAGGUGAACAUCUCUACAUCUCCCCUCGAACUCGCCGAUCGAAUAGUGCUGGCGGUGGAUACAAUUGUUCUCUCCCCCGCUUCCCAACAUAAGCAUAUGCAUGACCCGGGCAUGCUGUUGCUCCUGAUGAUACGUGGCAAAAUGUAUGCUGAGAGCAAUCAACUGCGCAAGUCCUGGUUGUGCGUCCGCAGAGCGUUGGACAUUGCCCAGGACACCGGGUUCGCGGAACCGAAGAUGCCGCUCGGUGUGGCCCAGUACGCGCCAAACCUGUGUGGGCAGGAACUGACGAAGCUCUUUCGCCGACAGCGCUUUAUCGGCUCGAUCAUGGAGCUCGAUCGACUUAUGAGCAUGGUUCUGGGGUUCCCACAUGCAGAGGACGUCAAGUUUUCUGAUCGUCUGGCGAUGUCCGUGUUGAAGGGCCAGACAGCCACUCAAGGCGGAGCACCGGUAUCGGUGGACAUCAAAAUGCGUGCUUUCAGGCGGGUGGUGUCUAUUGCCGCAGGCCGAGUGAACGACCGCAACGCAAGUCCCGAGUCAGACCGAGUCAAACUGCAGACCACAAUGGACAUCCAAGAAACAUUAAACGAAGUGGCAGCAGCCAUGCCUCCAGACUGGUGGGAUCUGGAAUCACACCGAGAGGCCUCCGACUCAUUUCUGGCGCACGAACAUCUCAUAGCUCAAAUGUGGUUCUGGCAGGUCCAGUCCUUUCUCCAUCUGCCCUUUAUGCUGAAAGUCCCCAACCUCGCGGCCCACAACCCGGAUUGCGACGGCCUCCACAACAACAAUGAGGCGGAUCAAGAUCCAUACCAGGCAAACAAAUACCUCUGUCUGCAAGCCUGUCGCGGCAUGCUUCGGGUUUUCAACCUGCUACGCUCCGACCCUUCCCUUGCCGUCUACAUCUGUAGCUGCGAGGACUUUCAGGGGCUGUUCAGUGCGUGUAUACUUAUGGUAGGCCUGCUGCUGCGCUUAUCAUACUGUCCCCACUCUCUGCCAGAGUCGGAUUUCGAGGCCUUGGGAAAUGUCGGCGAGGACCUCGCCCUCAUCGAGGAGAUCAAGGAUGUCUUCCGGUACCGCGCAACCCAGCAGGGCGGCAGCAUCAGCAGACAGGGCCUGAGAGUGUUGGAGGAACUGGCCUCCUUUUUGUAUGAAGAUGUCAACCAAAUCUCUGGAGCCGAUGCGAAGCGCCGGACCGUGGUUCUCCCGUACUUUGGAGCAAUUCAUCUGGAGCUGAGGCCACCGCGAGCUCUGCGCCACCAUUCGAAGGCCUCGGCACACGUGUCACAGAACAGUAGCACCGCGGCCCUGAAUGCAGGCCCGCAGAUUGCAUCUCAGUGCUCUUCUGGGGAGGGUACUGGAACGGCAUAUUCCGAACCGUUUGAAGCAACGUGCUUGCCAUGUUCUGAGUGGGAUCUCGGGGCUAGUGCUGACACCGGCUUUGACGCGGACACGGCCCUCCCAUCCUCCAUGCCAGAGGCGAGUUUGAACUGGGAUCGUUUCCUCUAUGGGAACGAGCUGGCUCAGAACUGGAGUGCGGAGCUGCCUGAGUGGCCCGCUAGUAUGGACAUGCCACCCUGA